UGGCUACAUUGGUUUCCAUUUUAUAUUCCUGUAAUCCCUAAUAUCACUUAUUCAAAUUUAAACAAACUUGCAAUAAUGAGGCCAGGAAGGGCGGGCGGGGCCCGGCCGCGGGGCGGGGCCCACGGUAGGCUGCACCCGGCGGCCCUUUUACUUCUCUGAGCCGGACAGGAGGUGGACAAAGCGGCGGCCAUUGGCUUCGCGCCUCUGGAGUCCAGCUUUUGUUCCGCUCGCCGCAGAAAUGACUGCUGUUCACACAGGCAACUUCAAAUGGGACCCCAAAAGUCUAGAGAUCAGGACUUUGGCAGUUGAAAGACUGUUGGAGCCUCUUGUUACACAGGUUACAACCCUGGUAAACGCCAACAGUAAGGGGUCCUCUAACAAAAAGAGAGGUCGUUCUAAGAAGGCCCAUGUUUUGAUUGCAUCUGUUGAAAAAGCAACUGAGAAUUUCUUGGAGAAGGGAGAUAAAAUUGCAAAGGAGAGUCAGUUUCUCAAGGAGGAGCUCGUGGCUGCUGUAGAAGAUGUUCGGAAGCAAGGAGAUUUGAUGAAGAGUGCUGCAGGAGAGUUUGCAGAUGAUCCCUGUUCUUCCGCGAAGCAAGGCAAUGUGGGUUGGGCAGCUCGAGCUUUGCUCUCUGCUGUUACCCGGCUGCUGAUUUUGGCUGAUAUGACAGAUGUCUACAAAUUACUUGCUCAGCUGAAAGUUGUGGAAGAUGGAAUCUUGAAACUGAGGAAUGCUGGCAAUGAACAAGACUUAGGAAUACAGUAUAAAGCCCUGAAACCCGAAGUGAAUAAGCUAAACAUUAUGGCAGCUAAAAGACAACAAGAACUGAAAGAUGUGGGCCAUCGUGAUCAGAUGGCUGCAGCUAGAGGAAUCCUGCAGAAAAAUGUUCCAGUCCUCUAUACUGCAUCCCAGGCAUGCCUACAGCACCCUGAUGUUGCAGCCUAUAAGGCCAACUGGGAUUUGAUAUACAAACAGCUUCAACAGGCGGUCACAGGCAUCUCCAGUGCAGCCCAGGCUACUUCAUCAGAUGAUGCCUCCCAGCAUCCUGGUGGAGGAGGAGGAGAAUUGGCAUAUGCGCUCAAUAAUUUUGAUAAACAAAUCAUUGUGGACCCCUUGAGCUUCAGUGAGGAGCGCUUUAGGCCUUCCUUGGAGGAGCACCUGGAAAGCAUAAUUAGUGAAGUUGCCCUGAUGGCUGGUUCAUCCUGCACACGUGAUGACCGGCGUGAGCGAAUUGUGGCAGAGUGCAAUGCUGUCCGCCAGGCCUUGCAGGACCUGCUCUCGGAAUACAUGGGCAAUGCUGGAUGUAAAGAAAGAAGUGAUGCACUAGAUUCUGCAAUAGAUAAAAUGACCAAGAAGACCAGGGACUUGCGUAGACAGCUUCGCAAAACUGUCAUGGACCAUGUUUCAGAUUCUUUCCUGGAAACCAACAUUCCACUUUUAGUAUUGAUUGACACUGCAAAGAAUGGAAAUGAGAAAGAAGUUAAGGAGUAUGCCCAAGUUUUUGUGAAAUGCCACAAAUUGAUUGAGGUUGCCAGCUUGGCCUGUUCCAUUUCAAACACUGAAGAAGGAGUAAAGCUUGUUCGAAUGUCUGCAAGCCAGUUAGAAGCCCGCUGUCCUCAGGUAAUCAAUGCUGCAUUGGCUUUAGCAGCAAAACCACAAAGUAAAAUGGCCCAAGAGAACAUGGAUCUUUUUAAAGAACAGUGGGAAAAACAAGUCCGUGUUCUCACAGAUGCUGUUGAUGACAUUACUUCCAUUGAUGACUUCUUGGCUGUCUCAGAGAAUCACAUUUUGGAAGAUGUGAACAAAUGUGUCAUUGCUUUCCAAGAGAAAGAUGUGGAUGGGCUGGACCACAUGGCUGGUGUGAUUCAAGGCCGGGCAGCCCGGGUCAUUCAUGUAGUCACCUCAGAGAUGGACAACUAUGAGCCAGGAGUCUACACAGAAAAAGUCCUGGAAGCUACCAAGCUGCUGUCCAACACGGUCAUGUUACAUUUCACAGAGCAAGUGGAAGCAGCUAUAGAAGCCCUCAACUCAGACCCUGCCCAACCCAUGAAUGAUAAUGAGUUUAUUGAUGCCUCUCGCCUGGUAUAUGAUGGCAUCCGGGACAUCUGGAAAGCAGUGCUGAUGAUAAGGACCCCUGAGGAGUUGGAUGACUCUGAGUUUGAGACAGAAGAUUUCAAUGUCAGAAGCAGGACAAGCAUCCAGACAGAAGAUGACCCACAGAUACCUGGCCAAAGUGCCCCAGCAAUCAUAGCUCAGCUUCCACAGGAGCAAAAAGCAAAGAUUGCGGAACAGGUGGCCAGUUUCCAGGAAGAAAAGAGCAAGCUGGAUGCUGAAGUGUCCAAAUGGGAUGACAGUGGCAAUGAUAUCAUUGUGCUGGCCAAGCGGAUGUGUAUGAUUAUGAUGGAGAUGACUGACUCUACCCGAGGUAAAGGACCACUCAAAAAUACAGCAGAUGUGAUUAGUGCUGCCAAGAAAAUUGCUGAGGCAGGAAUCAGGAUGGAUAAGCUUGGCCAAACCAUUGCAGAUCACUGUCCAGACUCAGCCUGCAAGCAGGACCUGCUGGCCUACCUGCAGUGUAUCACCCUCUACUGCCACCAGCUCAACAUCUGCAGUAAGGUCAAGGCUGAGGUCCAGAACCUUGGUGGAGAGCUUGUGGUCUCUGGGGUGGACAGUGCCAUGUCCCUGAUCCAGGCAGCCAAGAACUUGAUGAAUGCUGUGGUACAGACAGUGAAGGCAUCCUAUGUGGCCUCCACCAAAUACCAGAAGUCCCAGGGCAUGGCUUCCCUCAACCUUCCUGCUGUGUCCUGGAAGAUGAAGGUGCCUGAGAAAAAGCCCUUGGUGAAGAGAGAGAAGCAGGAUGAGACACAGACCAAGAUUAAGCGGGCAUCUCAGAAGAAGCAUGUGAACCCUGUGCAGGCCCUCAGCGAGUUCAAAGCCAUGGAUAGCAUCUAAUUCUGCCCUUAACUAUCUGCUCCCACCCCAGGGGCUCCUAAGGAUCUGUCACUGUUCUUCACUCAAGUGUACUUGCUAAGUAGAGAACACUUAUAUAGGCAGGUUUUGAACCCAGCCAGGUGGUAAAUUUUGCCAGGACAUGUUUAAGUUGGUCAAAAAUGCUUUUAGAUUCAAGAGCAUAUUUCUAGCUAUAUUUUUAAAACUUAAAUAAAAACUCCAUAACCAAAAUAAAUCCCUCAUUAACUUGUUAGUAACAAUCAGAUUGGAAUCCCCAUUCUCUCUGUCAGAAGAAUGGACUCAACUGUGGAGAAGGAAUGUCCCAGAAAGAUCUUCAAGGGAUAGAACAUAUGUCAUGGGGAAAGAAAAAAAUCCUGAUUAUUCUUUAUGAAGUAAGAAUUAUAAUGCAUGGCUACAAUUACUAAUGCACUCUGCUGCAGGACAUUCGUAAAAUUGCAGUUUUCAGGCUGGGACGUUGUGAUGCCAUAAUUUGAAUGUGCUUUUUUCCCCCAACUUCACAUGCAAAUUCAUCAUUGGGCUCACUUAUAAUUGCAGCACUUCCUGCCUUGGGUUUGCAACAGAAGCCUGACAGAAUAGUGUUUGCUUAGGCAAUAAUUUAGAUUUUACCUUAUUUGUGAUUACUAUAGUGAUUACUAUAGCUAUAAGGUAUAAUUUUACUGUCUUAUUUAAAGUUUGUGAAUUUUAAUGUUUUUUACACUAACUUCUCCCAAAAAAAAGUCCACUAUGAAACCAAAACUAAAACCAAACCAAAACAAAACAAAAAACUUGCAAUAAUGAGGAUUCUUUGAGCUCUUCAGACUACAGGCACGGAGAUAAUUAGUCAUUCUAAAUCUUAGGAAUAGUAAUCCUGCAAAUGACAUUACAUUAAGCAUUUACUGAAAGACGUAAUUAAUUGGAAAAUGGAGAUAAGAGUUUUCUUCUCAAAAAAGGGAUUUCAACACUGGUAGCUAUGUCACUGCACAAGCAAGAGUUUUAUACAUUUAGCAGAACCACUGAAUUUGAAAUCAGGAAGCCUGUGUUUUAGUACCAGUUUUAUUUGUCAUACAAAUCACUUUUCUAUAAAAUAAUGGUUAACAUUUACUCCCCAAUUCACAAACAUAUUACAAACCAAAAUCUUUCCCAAGGAAACCUCACUAUAAAUCAAGAUAUUACUAAUAUUUAGCCUAAGUUUUAAUUCAAAAGGUUGAGAAUGACAAAUUGGGGAAUUUAUCUUUUAUACACCAGUUGCUGACCUUAAUUAUACAGAUGGAUAAUGUUGAAAUAAACAUUUUCCUUUUUUAAUAUCUCAGAACAAAAAGCUGGGCUAGGAGUGUAGUUCAGUAAUAGAAUGCUUGCCUGGCAUGCCCAGGGCUCUGGGUUCAAUCCCCAAAGUCGAUAAAACAAACAAAUAGAACAAAAACUAUCAAGAAUUUAAUAGUAAGAAAAACUGAUCAAAAAAUAACACCAUUGAGAGCUGGGGUUGUGGCUCAGUGGUAGAGCACUUGCUUAGCAUGUGUGAGGCAACGGGUUCGAUUCACAGCACAUAUAAAAUAAAUAAAUAAAGGUAUUGUAUUCAUCUACAACUUAAAAUUAAAAAAAAAAAAAACACCAUUAAGAUUGGACAUGGUGGCAAACAUCCUGUAAUCCCAGUGACUUGGGAGGCUGAGGCAGGGGGAUUGUGAGUUCAAAGUCAGCCUCAGCAACUU